CACCCAGCGAUAAGAUUAUCCGCGAUCCUCCGAAACGGUCUUUCGAAAGAUAAGUUAAAGCUCCGAGACUGUUUCUGCAUUUAUUAAGAAUCGCGCAUUCGUCAGUAAAGUUCGCUGGUUUGUUGACCGGCUUAAUGUUCACUUCCCCGCAUAAACAAAAAAUCAAAUAAAAACAACGCGGCGCACGGGUAUCUGGUUCAUAAAUAACAAUCAGCCGCCGUUCGAUGGCCGAUAACGCAGUACAAAUUCAGGCAAAUGGCCUGGCACACAAGCAAAAGGCCCUGGAGCUGCAUUUCAGCCAAGUUAGCUACAGUUUAAGGGGAGCUAAAAAGGAUUCUAGUCCCAUUCUUAACGAGACAUGCGGCGUCUUCAAAUCGGGACGACUGACCGCCAUUCUGGGUCCCUCGGGAGCCGGAAAGUCCACAUUGCUCAAUGCUCUGGCCGGUUUCAAACUCCAAGGAGUUACGGGUCAGUUCCUCUUAAAUGGUCGCCCAAGGGAUAUGAUAUCCUUUCGCAAAAUGUCCGCCUAUAUAGCUCAGGAUUUUGUGAUGCUGAAUUUACUGAGUGUCGAGGAGACAUUGCGAGUUUCUGCUGACCUCAAGAUGCCCAGCUCAACAAUUCCCGAGGAGAAACAGAAAAUUAUAGACGACAUUAUCGACAUACUGCAGCUGCAAUCCUGUCGCAGGACCCUGGUGAAGAAUCUAUCCGGCGGCGAGCACAAGCGCCUGUCCAUUGGCAUUGAGCUGGUCACGAAUCCGCCCAUUAUGUUCUUCGAUGAGCCCACUAGCGGUCUGGAUUGUGUGGCCAGUUACCAGGUGAUUUGCCAUCUGCAGCGUCUGGCCCACGAUGGCCGGAUAGUGGUCUGUGUGGUCCAUCAGCCGGGAUCGCGACUCUUUCAGCUGUUCGACGACGUCCUGGUUUUGGCCCACGGCGAGGUUCUCUACGCCGGCGAGCAGCGGGAAAUGCUGGGCACCUUUGCUGCCUCCGGUCACGUCUGUCCACAGUACUACAAUCCAGCGGAUUUUGCCCUGGAAGUGUGCAGCCAAUCCUCCACCGCAGAGCGCUGUGAAUCGCUCAUCACGCAGAACAAGACGAGGCACUGUAAUCCCAGCAACGUGGUGAAGCUCCAGGUGGACGAGGAGACAGCGCUGAUCGAUGUCCCCAAGGACAACUUGGACCUGGCCCAUUUGCGUGGCAAGGAGCAGGUGGGCUUCUGGUUUCAGCUGGGCGUCCUGCUUCGCCGGCAUUUGCGCACAAUGUCCAGGGAUAUGGUUGCUGUCCAAAUGCGCCUGGUGAUGCACGUGGUGGUGGCCCUGCUCCUGGGCGUGGUUUACUGGCAGAUCGGCGGCGAUGCCGGGAAAAUAGUCUCCAAUGUGUCCUGCCUGUUCUUCGUCAUCCUGUUCGUGUUCGCCGGCAAUGCGAUGCCCUCGAUCCUGCUGUGCAUGCAGGACUCGGCGGUGUUCAUCCGGGAAUACUACAAUGGCUGGUACUCCCUGGGAGCCUACUAUCUGUCCAAGGUCCUGGCCGAUCUGCCCCUGCAGCUGAGCUGCCCCACGAUGUUCAUCAGCAUCGGGUACUUUAUGACGGGUCAGCCGCCGGAAUGGCAUCGAUUUGCCAUGUGCUGGGCAAUUUGUGUGAUGACCGCCUUCAUUGGCCACUUUAUCGGUGUGAUUGCGGGAUCUUUGUUUACCAUGCAGCUGGCUAUUUUUCUGGUUCCCAGUGCCACGAUUCCGUUCCUCCUGUUCUCCGGUUUCUUCAUCCGGCUGAACGAGCUCUCCUGGUUCCUGCGACCCAUCUGCGAUGUGUCCUUCUUCAGGUACAUCUUCGAGGGCCUGAUGAGGGCCAUCUACGGUUACGAUCGCGGCGAACUGGAGUGCCAUGCGGCCAUGAACUUCUGCUACUACCGGACGGCCGAUCAGUUCCUCAAGGACUUCGAGAUGCAGGGCGAUUACUUCGGCUGGGAUAUGGCUGUCCUGGGGAUGUUUGUGCUGCUCCUGCUAUUUGCCUUUUUCGUGACCCUCAGCACGGUCAUUCGAAGGGCUCUGAGGUGAUACGAUUAUGUAGAUAACUGGGUUAAAAUGUGAUUAAAUUUAAAUAAACUUUUUGGGGAGUUUAUAAAUUAA